AUGGCACCACUAGAUGAAGCAAGACGAGACGUCCUCAUCUCAAAAGCUCUCUCUUAUUUACUUCGACAUGGGGCUAUCAAGGAAAGCCUAACAUUCAAUGAUCAAGGUUACAUCCCAAUCACUGAAAUACUUUCUCAUCAUCGAAUGAAAUCCUAUAAAGCCACACGUCAAGACCUCGAACGUAUUGUUGCCAACAACGACAAGCAACGGUUCAAAAUUGAUGCUGAAUCCGAUAUGAUUUGCGCCACUCAGGGCCAUUCGAUAAAGCAAAUUGCCGGUGAAUUGCAAUUGAUGAAUCGUGAUGAAUUGAAGAAACUUCACAUUUAUCAUGGCACAUACAAGAAGAAAUUGCCCUUGAUUAAACAAUCGGGGUUGAGUCGUAUGAAUAGAAAUCAUAUACAUUUCACUUGUGAUGAGUAUCUGACAAUUUCAGGGGUAAGAAAAUCUGCCAAUUGCUUGAUAUACAUUGAUGUUGACAAGUGUAUUGAUGGGGGACUACAAUUUUUCAAGAGUGACAAUAAUGUGAUUCUUUGUCCCGGUGAUGAAAAUGGAAUCAUUAAAUGGGAAUUGGUGGACAAAGUGGUGGAUAUCUAA